GAAAAUAUUGCUCAUUUAAUUAAAUCUCAAAAUCAUCUCUUGAAAAACAUGGCAACUAAAAUGGAAGCUAAGUUUGAAAAGUACUGGGGGAAAGGGGAUAAAAUUAAUAAGCUUUUGUAUGUGGCUGUGGUGCUGGAUCCAAGGAAGAAAAUGAGGUUUUUGAAGUUUUCUUUUUUUGAAAUUUAUGGGGAUGAAGUGGCUAAUGAGAUGGUUGACUUGGUGGGGAGUUUUAUGGCUAGGUUGUAUGAUGAUUACUCUAGGGUUGAUUCACCAAAUGUGGUGCUACCAAGUGAGAAUGAGAGGACACACAUGGAAGGUGAUACAGUUGGUUGUAGUGAUCCGUAUGCAAUGGUUAAUUCACGAUAUGAGCGGUUUUUAGAGGUUGAGAAGUCUAUAGGAUGUAGCAAUGAGAUGGAAAAAUAUUUGGCUGAAAAUUGUGAGAGUAGAAGGGAUGUGAAAUUUGAGAUUUUGGGGUGGUGGAAAGCCAAUUCAGAUAGGUACCCAGUGCUGUCCAAAAUGGCUAGGGAUGUGCUGGCUGUACCUGUUUCUAUGGUUGCUUCUGAAUCGGCUUUUAGUACCGGAGGGCGCAUACUUGAUCCAUUUCGAAGUUCACUCUCCCCUCUCAUGGUUCAAAAUCUUAUUUGUGCUCAAAACUGGCUGCAAGCCCGUGUCCCAAUUUCUUUUCGCAAGUCAAAGGACGAGAUGGAGGCCUUGGAGGAUGAAUUUCAUGAAUUAGUUUUAAAUCAAACAACAACAGCAGCAAAUUCUAGUUCCUGUUCAAACAAAGGUGGUACUCGUACCACAGUCAAUAUUGAUGAAUGAUCACUGAUUGGGUAUGUUUCUGCCUUUAUAAUUUUUGUU